UAUUUUAACUCUAGGGUUUUUUAUUUUGAAAUGUUUAGUCAUCUUAAUCGGUAAGGUAGAAAUACCGGAAAUUCUGUGUUAAAUGACAUAUGUGACGUUGACAUACUCUAUCGGCAACUUCCUUCAAGUCUUUUAGUUUAUUCAUUUACGAUGGGUAUUAGCCGAGAUCAUUGGCAUAAAAGGAGGGCGACCGGAGGAAAGAGGAAGCCUCUCCGCAAGAAGAGGAAGUUCGAAUUAGGUCGUCCAGCUGCAAACACAAAACUAGGUCCUCGCAGAAUACACUAUGUUCGUACACGAGGGGGUAAUUUGAAGUACCGUGCCCUAAGAUUGGACACUGGUAACUUUGCAUGGGGUAGUGAAGGUACUGCUCGUAAGACACGUAUCAUUGACGUCGUUUACAACGCUAGUAAUAAUGAGUUGGUUCGUACCAAGACUUUGGUAAAAAACGCCAUCGUUGUCGUUGAUGGUGCUCCAUUCAGGCAGUGGUAUGAAAGUCAUUAUAUCUUACCCUUGGGACGCAAGAAGGGUGCAAAAAUGACUCCCGAAGAAGAAGAGAUGUUCAACAAGAAACGUAGCAAAAAAGUACAGAAAAAAUAUGAGACUAGGCAAAAAACAGCUAAAGUAGAACCUGCAAUUGAAGAACAGUUCCAUACUGGAAGGUUACUGGCUUGCUUAGCUUCAAGGCCUGGACAGUGCGGCAGGGCCGAUGGUUAUGUAUUGGAAGGAAAAGAACUUGAAUUCUACAUGCGUAAAAUUAAAUCUAAGAAAGCUAAAUAAAAUGUUUUUAUAGGAGUGAACAAUAAAAGUUGAAACGUUUUUAAUUUUUUAUUUCAUUUUUAAGUUUCCACCUUUAAUAAAGAAAAGAAUAAGAAAACAUUUUGAUGAAUUAUGUUGAAAUCACAAGUGAGAAUUUAGAUAUAAUUAUAUUAUCAGAAACAGUAAUUCAAAGUAGUUUGUCAAUCCCAGUGUCAGUUGUUGACCUUUGGCUAAAAUGUAUAGCUUCUGAACCAGUUUCAGUAUUGUCAAUGGACUGGAAUUUUGAGGAAAUAAAUUAGGAGAUAUAAGAUAUAC